UUCGUCAAAUUCAUUAAUUUUUCGUUCAAGUUCUUCUAUUGUGAAUUAUCAUCACGGUGUCUUUGAGCACAGCAAAAAGGGAAGUUUCACGGACGUCGAAUUUUCUUUCCAAAAAAAUAAAAUUUAUUAAAAAUGAUUUCGAGGGCCGCAUUACUCUCAGUUCAAAGACCAGCAGCUCUCGUUGCCACUAGAGCCGCUGCAACUGGAACUUCGGAACAAUUCAAGAGGCCCGUGCGUCCAGAACACCCUGGCAAAGUCCGUUUGGGAUUCAUUCCAGAAGAAUGGUUCCAGUUCUUCUACAACAAAACUGGUGUCACCGGCCCAUACACAUUCGGUGCAGGUCUCCUCACCUACUUGUGCUCCAAGGAAAUCCUCGUCAUGGAGCAUGAAUACUACGGUGGUUUGUCAUUGGGUAUUAUGUGCAUUAUUGCUGUAAAGAAAAUUGGUCCAGCAGCUGCUAAAUACUGCGACAAGGAAAUCGACAGGAUCGAAGCCGAAUGGAAUGAUGGUCGUGCCAACGAAUUGAAGGUCCUCGCCGAGGCUAUCGAAGACGAAAAGAAGGAACAAUGGCGCGCCGAAGGUGCUCUCAUGCUCGUUGAUGCCAAGAAAGAGAAUGUUGCUCUUCAAUUGGAAGCUGCAUUCAGGGAACGUGCCAUGAAUGUCUACAACCAAGUCAAGCGCCGUUUGGACUACCAAGUUCAAUGCCGUCACGUUGAAAGACGUAUCAACCAGAAACACAUGGUUGACUGGGUUGUUAAGAACGUUCUCAAGUCCAUCACCCCACAAUCCGAAAAGGAAACCCUUAACAAGUGCAUUGCCGAUUUGAGUGCCCUUGCUGCCCGUGCAAAGUAAAUUACGUUGCAUUGUUAGAAAAAAGAGAAGGAAAAUGAUUUCGAUUUCGAAUGUAAAACAUCUAUGCAUUAAAUAAUUAAAAUAAAUAAAAAUGAAAAAUUCCAAACAAUAUUUACGCCAGAAAAA